AUGAAGCAAUCGAAUGAAGAAUUCGUGAGAUUUCUAGGCGAAGGUACUUACGGUUACGUUCUUCUCGUCAAAUACACUAAUCCCGACGGCUCCUCUUUUCUCGCCGCCGUAAAACACUCUUACGCCGCCGAAUACGACAGUCUUCAAAAAGAGUUACAGAUUCUGCGCGAACUCAGAGGAUGCCCGAGAAUAGUUAAAUGCUUCGGAGAUAGUUUGGAACAAGGUCUCAGCUCUGACGGAAACAAAGUCCACAAACUGCUUCUCGAAUACGCAUCGGAAGGUAGCUUAAACGCUUUCAUGGAGAAUCACACCGACAGAAAGCUGCCGGAAUCCAUGAUCAAAGACUUCACUCGGAUGGUUCUCGAAGGUCUUGUCUCGAUUCACGAUCACGGUUUUGUUCAUUGCGAUCUGAAAUCGGCCAAUCUACUUGUGUUCCGGUGUAAUGAUUCGUACGAACUGAAGAUCUCGGAUUUCGGAAACGCGUUAGAAGUAGGACAAGUUCCUGAUUACUGGGAAACUGAUUUCCCGUAUGUUGGGACGCCGAUUUACAUGCCGCCGGAGUCUUUCCGUGACGGAGUCGCAUUCCGUGACGCAAGUCGCAAAGAACAACUUCAGCCUCUUUCCGACGGCGAGUCGCAAGAAAAACCCUAG